UAAUAAUUUUCAAUUGAGAACUGAUUUUUUGCUUUGCUUUUUGUUAUAUUUCCCAUGCCAAAAGGUAAGCAUUAGGCUAAUAAAAUCAAAUCACAUAAUGAUGGCACUCGAUUUUGGAGUAGGAAGCAGGUAGCCUAAUUAGGAUCAUAAAUGAAAUAAUUAAUAAGAGCUUCUUUGCCUUCUCUCACUUCCACCUUCAUAUAUUGUUGUGCUUGUAAGUUGUAACACACUAACACUUGUACACUUCAAACUACUACCCUACUUGGGUUCCCAUGUCUUCUCAUCUUCACCAAAGGAAUGCUGUCAUGCCUAUUCUCUUCUUCAAGAUUAUACUCAAAACUAACCUUAAAAUUCUUAAAAUACCCAACAAAUUUGCACUGAAAUAUGGAAGUGGUUUGUCCAAUCCAGUGUUCUUAAAGCCUCCAGAUGGAACAAGGUGGAAGGUGUGUUUGAGCAAAAAGGAUGAUCAAGUUUGGUUUGAAAAGGGUUGGAAAGAAUUCACUCAAAAUUACUCUCUGGAUCAUGGAUGCUUGGUUCUGUUUAAAUAUGAAGGAACUACUUCUUCCCAAUUUGAUGUCAUUAUCAUUGAUGACAGUGCUUUAGAAAUAGACUAUUCUUCCUACAAUGGAAAUGAUGAUGAUGAUGUUUCAGUUCAGAUUGUGAAGGAAAUCCAUCCAUACAAGAAGAACAAAGAAACCAUGAGAGGUGAGAAGAAUGUGACUACUUCUUUGUCAUUGAAUUGGCCAAGGGAACCAAGAGCACGAGAAGAAGCUAACAAAUUCGUAUCUAACAACCCUUUUUUCACGGUGCUCAUAAAGCCUUCUCAUAUCACACAAUACCUACUGUCCAUACCAGGUUUGGAAGGUUAUGUGGAUAAGGAAGUGAAGUAUGUGAAGCUUGAGAAUGGGGAUAGAUCGUGGCCUGUGAAGAUGCUUAGUUGUAGCAAAACCCCUUCAAAUCGCUUCCUUUCUGCUGGGUGGAACUUGUUUGCACAAGAGAAUGAGUUGAAGCCUGGAGAUGUUUGUAUCUUUGAACUUGUUAAUAUGCAAGAUUUGGUCUUUAAGGUUCAUGUUUUUGCUGCCCAUCAUGCUUAAUUAGUAGAACUUUCCUCUUGGUUUGGAGUUAAUUUUGAGAGACAUUGAGGAAGAAUCCAUAGCUGAUGAAUGUUACAGCAUUAGCCAUUUGUAUUUCGAAGUCUUUGUAUGUGAUAUUUUAUCUUGAAUGUUGAAUGAAAGAUGGUUGGGCUGAAUG